AUGAGAAAAAGGUUACUGAAAGCGGCAGUCGAGUGGAAAGGAUCAGGAAAUGGCCUGGACGUGCGGCACAAAUGGGCGGAAAUCUGGCCCUGGAAUAUUGUCCGGCGGCAUUGUCACAUGCUCUCCUUCCACUCGGCUGCAUCCCCUCAGGCAGUUCCCUCUUACAACGCGACGCGUCUUGCAACGUAUCUCAUUUCUCGACAUUCCAAGUAG